UCUAUGGAAUUUUGGACGUAAACAAAACUAAUGCUGAAGGGUGAUAAUGCUAACAAAAAAUGUUUUAAACUUACAGAUUUUGAGAAGUGCACGGGUUUUAUUUUAUUUUUCACCCGGUAUCAGAUGGAGGUGGCGGAGACUCCCGGCACAGCGGCAAAGCGGCCGCAGUGCUAGCAGCGACGUGUCCGGCGUCCCGCCGGAGGACAUCAGGAACUUCAGCAUCAUUGCGCACGUGGACCACGGCAAGAGCACGCUGGCGGACCGGCUGCUGGAGGGGGCGGGCGCCAUGGCCCGGGACUCGGGGCGGCACCAGGUGCUGGACAGCUUGCAGGUGGAGCGCGAGAGGGGCAUCACCGUCAAGGCCCAGGCGGCGUCCCUCGCGUACGUCCGGGACGGCAGGACCUACCUGCUGAACCUGAUGGACACCCCGGGCCACGUGGACUUUGCCAACGAGGUGUCGCGCUCCCUGGCAGCUUGCCAGGGCGUGGUGUUGCUGGUGGAUGCCAACGAGGGCGUCCAGGCACAGACCGUGGCCAACUUCCACCUGGCAGCCGGCAAGCAGCUCGUCGUCAUUCCUGUCCUCAACAAAGUGGACCUGAAACACGCUGAUCCUGACCGUGUCUCGGAACAGCUCACCAAGCUGUUCGGCUUUCGCAAAUCAGAUAUUAUAAAGAUCUCUGCUAAGUUCGGCACGGGCGUGGACGACGUGAUCCGCACGAUAAUCGAGCGGGUGCCGCCUCCACCGGCCGAUCGCUCUGCGCCGUUUAGAGCUCUCCUCUUCGACAGCUGGUAUGAUCGAUACCGAGGAACGGUGUCGCUUGUCUACGUCACGGAUGGGAGUGUGAAAAUGGGAGAUAGAAUUGUGUCUCUUCAUUCCGGCAAGAACUACGAAGUGCGAGGCUUGGGGCUUUUGAGGCCUCAUGAAGAACCAACCGAUCAGUUGUUGGCCGGGCAGGUGGGCUACGUCACGUGCAACAUGCGCUCCACCAAGGAAGCACACAUUGGUGACACGCUACACCUCAAGGACUGUGCUGUCACACCACUGCCAGGCUUCAGGCCAGCACGCCCCAUGGUGUACGCAGGGGUGUACCCCACCGACCAGUCCCAGCACCUGUCCCUUCGAGCUGCCAUAGACAAGCUUGUGCUCAACGACUCUGCCGUGUCCGUUGCUAACGAGUCCAGCCCCGCGCUGGGGCAGGGCUGGCGACUCGGCUUCCUGGGGCUGCUCCACCUGGAGGUGUUCACUCAGCGCCUGGACCAGGAGUUCGACGCCCAGGCCAUCGUCACGGCACCCAGCGUGCCUUACAAGGCCACAAUUUUUGGUGCUAAGAACAUAAAGAAGUAUGGUGGAUCAGAAAUUGUGAUAUCCAAUCCUGCCCACUUUCCAGACCUGAGUAUUGUGUCGGAAUUUUUAGAGCCAAUGGUUCUUGGAACAAUAAUCACGCCAGAUAAGUACCUGGGCUCUGUUACUACACUAUGCAUGGAAAAGCGAGGUGAGAAAAAGAGUUCUACAUACAUAGAUAAUGAGAGAGUUAUGGUACAGUUCAUCUUGCCUCUGAAUGAAGUUGUAGUAGAUUUCCACGACAUCCUCAAGUCUGUUUCUUCAGGUUAUGCUAGUUUUGACUACGAAGAUUAUGGAUAUGUGCCAUCGAAACUCGUAAAGCUGACCAUCCUGUUGAACGGUGUGGUGGUUGAUGAACUAGCAACCAUCGUGCACAUAUCCAGGGCGUACAACACGGCUCGGCAGAUGUGCCUCAAGCUGAAGGACACCAUUCCCAGGCAGAUGAUACAGAUUUCCAUCCAAGCUGUGGUCCAAGGGAAGAUUGUGGCCAGAGAAACUUUACAACCCUACCGGAAGGAUGUUACUGCAAAGUUGUAUGGAGGUGAUGUAACCAGAAGAAUGAAACUAUUAAAGCAACAAGCAGAAGGGAAAAAGAAAAUGAAGAAAGUGGCAAACAUAGAGCUGCCUCACAAAACUUUUAUUGAAGUUUUGAAACGAUGACUGCUAUGAAUGUGUGCUACUGAAUUUGUGAUUGAAUAAAAUAUACGUUAUUUUAUGUGA